ACCAUCCUCGCCAUAAACAGAUACUAUAGUGCAUUUUAACAAUUCAGCUCUUAUACCUUGCAUCUGUUCCAAUUGCAUCAUAUCCCGCCUAGACACACCUAAAAAUCAAAACAACAGAACCGCCGUGCACAUGGAAAAGUUCCUCCGCGACUGGAGACAGGAUGCUCUGAACAAACACCAGUACGAGUCAGCCAUCUUUGUUGGUGACAAGCUGCUCGCCUUGACCAACAAUGACAAGGACGCCUUCUGGCUGGCUCAAGUCCACUUCUCGACAGCAAACUACACACGCGCCCUCGGUUUCCUAUCUCGUCAAGACCUGAUCGCACGCAAUCCAUCAUGCAAAUACCUCGCCGCACAUUGUUACGUCAAACAGAAUCGAUACGAUGAGGCAUUACAUAUCCUCGGCGACAAGAACCCCGUCCACCUCAUCACCUCCUCGGAUCGAUCGCGUCGGAAACUGCAACAUCUCGAUCCACGCAAUGGUCUUGGGAAGCUGGCGAAACUGCCACAGUUGAGAUCGGAUCGAGUGGAUCGCAGUGAAGAAAGAGACAAGGAAGACAUGAGCAAUAUUCGUUUCGAGGCCGCCAUGUGCUAUCUACGUGGUCUUUGCUACGCCAAACAAAACGCCUUUGAUCGUGCGAAAGACUGCUACAAGGAUGCCGUACGGAUAGAUGUCUUGUGUUUCGAAGCUUUCGACCAGCUCAUGAAGAACUCGCUCAUGUCUCCAGCCGAAGAAUGGGAGUUUCUAGACUCUCUAGACUUCGAUAGUGUCAGCGCCUCCGACACUCCUACCUCGAAUAUGCAAGAAGCUGGAGAGUUUACAAAAAUGCUCUACAUGACGAGGUUGUCCAAGUACAGCAGACCCGACGACUUCAACGCCGCCGUCGAAACCCUGUCGACCCACUACAACCUCUCCAGCAACUCUUCCAUCCUCCUCUCCAAGGCCGAACUCCUAUUCACAAACUGCCGCUUCCGAGACGCUCUCUCCCUAACAACCCAAAUCGUCGAAACGGACCCUUACAACUUCUCCGCCUUGCCCGUCCAUCUAGCCGCUCUCUUCGAAUUGAAAGAAACAAAUGCGCUCUUCCUGUUAAGUCACGAUCUAGCAGACACACAUCCAGAAGAAGCCUGUACAUGGCUAGCAGUAGGAACCUACUACCUCUCCAUCUCCCGCAUCCCCGAAGCCCGUGGCUACUUUUCCAAAGCAUCACUCAUGGAUCCUCAUUUUGGCCCCGCCUGGAUCGGUUUCGCUCACACCUUUGCCGCAGAAGGUGAACACGAUCAAGCCAUUUCCGCCUACUCCACCGCAGCACGCUUGUUCCAGGGUACACAUCUCCCUCAACUCUUCUUGGGUAUGCAAAAUCUGUGUUUGGGCAAUUUAUCGCUAGCAAAGGAGUAUUUGGAAACGGCGUAUACAAUGUGUGAAAAUGAUCCGCUGGUCCUUAAUGAAAUGGGAGUGGCGUACUAUCAAGAAAACGCGUUCGAUUCUGCCAUCCGGACGUUUGAAUUGGCCAUCAGUAUCUCCUCUGAGAUUUCCACUUCCUCUGCAUCAUCGCUGGAUACGCGCACGAAUUUGGCACAUGCCUAUCGUCGCUGUCAGCGGUUCCCCGAAGCUCUGGAGACAUUCUCGGAAGUCCUCAGGUUAGGAGGGAAAGACGCGGGCAUUUUCUCAGCCAAAGGGUUGGUGCUUUUGGAGAUGGAAGAAUGGUUUGAAGCUACGGUCGUGUUGCAUGAAGCACUUGCUCUAUCGCCGCAAGAUCCCAUCGCCACUGAACUUUUAUCUCGCGCGUUGGAAGGAUUGGAAGGGGAAUCCAGAGCGGCGGAUACAGAGGAUGAAGAAAUGGAUAGGGUUUUAGAGCAGAAGUUGGCUCUGGCUGAGAGAAAUAACAGGAGAAGAAGGAGGGGAAGGGGAGGCUUGGAGAGUGAAAUCGAGAUGGAGGAGUCAGGAGUAGAGAUUUCAGGCGUGGAGAUGACUGAGGUCUCUGGUGUUGAUGGAGAAGAUUGGACGGGAGCUGAUGAGUCGGGGGUCUAGAACGCUGUUCUACACUUCGAGUGGGAGUGUUAGAUAUCCUAGGUUGUCUUUCCCUUUCUGCUUGAUUAUGCAUAUUCUUUACGAUUACUGGAUUCUCUUCUGAUAUGCAUUUGUGCUGUGUCAGAGAGCUGUGUUUACCCCUUUUUCUUUUUUUUCCGCCUUUU